GAGGCUUCACUGUCCUUUCUUUUUCUUCUGACUCGAUCUAUGUCAGCAUGUGUCAUGCUACCACAAACUCCUAACAUCCUUCCGGCCCAGGCCAUGGCUCAAAUACAUCGUGCAUCCCUCUUCCUUUCUUUCCGUUGCUUCCUUUCUUAGCUGACACCUCUCUUCCUUUGUCUCAUAGGAGCGUAUCCCCGUUAGCUCGGCCAUGGAUGCCUGUAAGGUUGAUAUGUGCAGCACUGGCCUUUCUCUUGCACUGAAUUAUUAUGGGAAAAGUACUGAUUCCUCAGUCGGUAAUCGUCCCCGGCCGAGCUCUCGUCUCGAGUUGGAAAUAUCUUCUUCCGCUGCUGCGGCUAUCGAGCCCUCUCUCACCCUCGGACUCCCCGGAGAUGGAAGAAAGGCUUGGUCAGUCGGCACGCAAUCUUCUCCUACUCAUAGUGUGAUGUCGUCGUUUCCCGGUGGCCAUCCAUCGAAGAUUAAUGGGGAGAACGAUGAGGCGGAGAAGAUCUGGCCGCGGAUCAGUGAUGAGGAGGAAUACGGCACUGCAAGGAAGAAGCUGAGGCUGACCAAGGGGCAAUCUGCCCUUUUGGAAGACAAGUUCAGGGAGCAUGGAACUCUUAAUCCGAAACAAAAGCAGGACUUGGCUCAGCAAUUGAACCUUCGGCCUCGGCAGGUGGAAGUGUGGUUCCAGAACAGGAGAGCGAGGAGUAAGCUCAAGAAAACGGAGGUGGAGCUCGAGUUCCUCAGGAAGUGCUGCGAGAGGCUGACGGAGGAGAACAUUAGGCUGCAGGAGGAGCUACAGGAGCUCAAGUCGCAAAAAUCUUUGGCGCCAAGGUACACGCAGCUCCACGAGGCGGCGCCCGCCUUCGCGAUGUGCCCAUCUUGCAACAAGGUCACUGGCGCUAGCGACGGCUCCGGAAGCGGGCUUCUCGUGGCGGCCUCAAAGCGUCACUUCUCCAACCCCUUCGCUCACUGCGCAGCACGCUAAGGUGAGACGCAAACCUACCUGUGUC